AUGGCAAGCAUAUUUGAAUCAUAUGAAGGUGAGAUUAAAGAUGCUUUUAGACAAUUCGAUCAAAUCGUACAACAAUUCUCAAAUUUAUCUACUGCCAAUUGUUUACAUUAUGUUUACUUUAUAAAAUUGACUGAGUAUAGAAGCGAAACCAGCGGAAUUAGACAAGUUGGAGAAACUGUUGUCAUCGAUCGAGAGUAA